CGAGGACGGUUAUGGCACUAGUGUUUUCGAUUAGAAUCAGAAUAACUGGGCCUCGUGUUUCUAUAUUUUAGUUGGUAGGGUAUUCUGGAGGAAAUAUGAGUGGAAUUACUCUGCCGGGGGUGGCCUCAGAUGCAACUUCAGAUGCCAAGCCUUGUAACAGAUGGCAGGUGAGGCGAGUCGGACAGCUGUGAACUGUACGGCCCAACUACUAAAGCCGAUCCCUGCCUCUCUCAAACCAACUGACUCACUCUCUCUCUCACAGAGACAUUACCGCUGGCCCCACCCUAGCCUCGCCCCUUCAUCACCGACUCCAUCUCCUCUCAUCCGUCCCGUCCCUCCUCUUUCGGCUUUAUGCUCAAUUGCCUCCCUUCAAAAUCCAACGUUUUUCUAAAUUCACCCAGAGCCAGCCACCAUCCUUCCAGUCCUCCUCCUCUUCCCUUCCAGCUCUCGCGGAAAUCAACUACUUAUUGUAGCUUCUACGACCAGUGACAACCAUUAUUCCCAAUCAUCCAUCCCCUCUGGCUUCCACCAUAACCCCGCUUCCCUUUUCAUGAUGGCUGUUGACCUACAGUCUGGAGAAUCGACGCUUCCUUCUCACUUUCUUCCUGACCAGGAUCAUCAUGUUCUCUCUGCAUACCCAACAUUCUCCGACCACACACGCUCUGCUUUCGACCCCCACGAGUUUGGAUUCCAUAUAUCUUCUCCCGUUCCUACUGCCGCCGCGCAGAGCAGCGACGACAAGGAUGACGAUUUCAUCUUCGAGUUGACACGCGAGAUGGCUCACUUCAUGUUUCAGGACGACGACCAGUCCCACUUAUCUGGCACUGGCUCUAGCGAUUUGGAGAUGUCAUGGGAUUCCACUGAUUCGUCCCAGUCUACUCUCUGGUCGCCGUUGGGCUCGAACCAAGGGAGCCCGGAAGGCCCUUCUCUGGAACCAACGCCGCCGGCUACGCCCUGUGAUGGCAAAGACUCUUGUCGGGAGACCGCACACGACGUCGUCGGGAUGCUUGAGAAGAUGAACCUCGACGGAAGAGGGCAUUCAAAAUACCUCCACGGUUAUGGGAAUUGCAGCUUCAACCAAGCUCUCAUUGACCAACAAAUUCGAGCUGUUCAGUUAUCCCGCCUAAAUCAACAGCAGAUUAUGAAGCGAGCACUCGCUGACUAUCCGGCAAGCCAGGCCCAAACUGAACCCGGCGAACAGAUUCAGCAAGUCCAGAAGAAAGGUAAAGGCAGCAGCGUCGGGUUGGGUAAUGCACGUAGGAAUCGCCCGCUACCUUUGUUUACUUCGAACAACCAAGCGGCUCCCCUGCAGGAGCCACAAAACCAGCAGCAAGCAUCCGGAUCGGGCACGCGAGCAGUUUUUCGUGGAGGGUCGGGUUCGAGAACCGGGUCCUGUGGGACCGGCGUGUUCUUGCCUCGCGUGAACACUGCUCCGCCUGAAUCGCGCAAGAAGUCAGGUUGCUCCACUGUAUUGAUACCGGCCAGAGUGGUGCAGGCAUUACAACUCCACUUUGACCAAAUGGCCGCCACGGCCGGACCCAAAGCCGGCGGAUUCCCUCCCUUGCAAGAAGUUCUGGUGAGUAACAAGGACGGCAUGUUUUCGUUGCAGAAGCGACAAUCACGGAAGGAGCCAGCAAGUUUGCAGAACGAGACGAGGCUGCCUCAAGAAUGGACCUAUUGAGGGGCGUGGCCAUGUGACGUGGAGGCGACUGCUUGAAGGAUUUCAUGAUGCUGUUUUGGCAGUUUUUGACUGAAUGAAAUCAAUACUGUGAGGAAGAGGGGGGAAUCUUUUUGGAUGGACGCUAGGAAGAAUCGAAGUGAAUGGUGCUGGAUUGAGAAUAUUUCCUGUUUUUGUUUGGUGGGGUUAGACCCCCAGGUCAGACGGAAGAAAAUAAGAGAGAAAAAGGGUGGAAUGAAUUUGACAGUUAGAGGAUGAUAAUAAAGCUUUGGCAUAAAGAUGGAAAGAAGGGAAGAGACCAGUGCAGGGCAGUGGUACGGGUAAAGAUUGUGGCUUUACAAUUAAGGAUGCCUUUUAAUAAUCCUUUGUAUUGUGAAUAAAUAAAUAAAUAAAUAUGCUGAGCCUGGCAAUCUCGACUUUAAUCGUAGUUACACCACUUCAAGUUGCGAGGGGUGGAUUUAGCAAACUUAGUUAGCAUGCAGACACAGUUAUAUUUUCUUCCAUAUAAAAGUAAUGACAAUGUACACAUGGUGGAGUGUGGACGCAUGUAUUUUUCGCUUGGUUUCUUGUCAAUUUAUUUUUCAUUUUAA